AUGGCUGCCGACGGGGCACGACCACAGGAGAGCACAGGCAAAGAGGGUCAAUUUCAAUCGAGCAAACGGGAGAUCAUCCAGAUCCAAAUUGGCAAGGCCGGCAAUGCCAUUGGUAACUGCUUUUGGCGCGAACUCUGUGAUGAGCACAUGAUUGUAACUAACAAUGACCAGCUCCGAGGCUGUUUAGAAGAUGGCGAGCCAGGGGGACAUGGCUACCUGGACGUGUUCUUCAAUGAGGGCCGAAAACGGAGCCACGGCACGCGCCACGUGCCGCGCGCGAUUCUCAUGGACACCAACAUGGGCGACUUAGCCACGGUGGCGCAAGACCCCAGGAUCGGUGAUUUGUAUCGGCCCGAGAACAUCAUCGGAAACGAUGAAAGCUCGGGGAAUUGCUAUGCCAAGGCCUUUCACACCGAAGGUCCUGACCUGGCUGAUAGAUGCUUGGAGAUGGUUCGCAAGGAGGUCGAAAAGUGCAAUUGCCUGCAGGGCGUGCAAUUCACCCAUAGUGCCUCCGGAGGAACGGGUACUGGCCUGACAGGUCUUGUGUUGAAGACUUUGCGGGACUACUUGGACAGGCAAAGCAAGUGUGUCAUGCAAUCCUUUGUCUUGGCGCCAGCCCCGGGUAUUUCGGAUGUGGUGCUAGAGCCCUACAAUUCGGCACUCUGCUUUCAAGAUUUGUUGGAGUACACCGACCAAGUCUUUCUCUUUGACAACAAGGCCCUCAGUGAGAUUUGUCAAAAGGCCUUGGAGCAGGACAUGCCCAAAAUGGCUGACCUGAAUCGCGUGGUGGCUCUUUGCAUGUCUGGCAUUACCAGUUGCUUGAGGUACACGGGGCCUUUAAAUGCAGAUCUCCGGAAGUUGCAGACCAAUCUGGUGCCCUUUAAGAAUGCCCACUUCUUGAUCAGUGGCCUCGCACCCUUGACGGCGAAGACCUCCGAGAAAUAUCGCAAGAGCACCGUCUUGGACUUGGCGCAGCAGAUGUUCUCCAAGGAUAAUGUCACGGUGAAGUGCGAUCCUUUGAAUCCAGGUGACGAGUAUCAUGGCAUCUUGAAGGCCCGGUUCUUGGCCUCCUGGGCGUCGUGGCGAGGGGACUACCAGACCAAGGAGGUGGAUAAGGUCCUCCAUGAUUUCCAAAAGGAUGGAAGUCGCUUUGACAAGUUCUUCCCCGAUUGGAUCCCCAACUCAAUUGCCUCGAACAUUUGUGAUGGUGGUGGUGGCUACAACAAACCAGUCAUUCGAGAUCGAGCUGUUGAGAAUGACGAGCAGCUGACCAUUGCUGAGGAACUGAAGAAGUUGUGGGAAGGGAGGAACUCGGAGUGUCAGGCAUUUCCCCACAGCCCAUGGCAAUCCAUGGCACCAGUCUUGAAAUUCAUUGCUGUUGCAACUGAGACCUGGUCCCUUGCCACGCUGCGGAUUGUCGACUACAAAGUCUUGGAGUUGGUGAAGAACUCAGCUGGGACACUGGCGGUGGCCAACAUGAAGGACGGCUCAGCGACCUCGGUGGUGGGUCCUCUGUUCCGAGCGGCCACCUCACGGUUGAUGGCCUGCAUGCCGGGUGCCGGCUUUCGUAGUCUGGCCACCGCCGCCUGGGCCUUUGCAACGGCACGGCAGGCCAGUCAGCGACUGUUCCGCGCGAUUGCCAAAGAAGUGCAGACGUGCUUGCCCACAGCAAACAGCCAGGAGCCGGGCGGCCGCGCCCUGUCGCCUUGGCGACCGAGGGGUCGGGGCGUCCUGGGCCAGGAGCCGGCUCUUGAGCUCAUCCGAGGAAAGAAGGGCAUCAGUCCCCCAGAAUCGGCCCUGGCGUGCCGUACCGCUGGGAAUCUGGGACCAGCUCGCCAGGAGUGCGUGCUUCGACUUCAGGACUUCAAGAUGCAGGAGCUGUCAAACACCUUCUGGGGCUUCGCAAGCAAUGACUUCUACGACGAGGCAUUCUUCCACAAGGCACUGAUCCUUGCACAAGGGGGUCGGAACGUCUACGCCGUUCGGUUCCAGCAGCGCUGUGCUGUCCCCAUGGUCUACCCCGCUGUGUCGGGAGAUUUGACAGCAAAGACCAACGGGAGAGAAGCCAAGCCUCCAUUGUUGGUGCAAGGAAUGCAGCUGCAGCCGCAGCACGUGGCGAACAUCCUUUGGGCGCAGGCAGCGCUGCACAUGAUCCCAAGGUGUUUGGCCUUCUUGACCUCCUUUAAACCGCAGGAGGCUCUCGAGCGUGGAGUGGCCUCGACGGCGCACGCCGUGGCGAAAAUCUUCUCCUCGGAGGCGGCGCCGUUCAGCCUCGCGCUGAGUGAGGAAGUUUGUGAGGAAGAUCAAAAUAGUUUGCUACAGGCUUCGAAGGAAGCCACUCACUUCCGGGGCACGCCGAACGAAACUCUGCGAGCGCUACCCGCAUUGCUCGCAAGAGGAGAUGUAUUUCCCUAUGAAAUGAUGACUUGCCCAGGCGAACAAGCGUUGACGACCAGACAAAUGCUUUCGAGUGAUUAUGAUGCAGUGAUUGCCAAAGUACAGGGCCUCUACAAUGGCUUGUCCAAGAAAUGCGAUGGAGACGUUUGCCCUCAGGCCGACUGGGCGGGCUGCGUGCUGCGCAUUGCUGGGCACGAUUUCAUGGACUACGUCAAAAAGGAUGGCCGCGGGGGCUCGGAUGGUUGCCUGGAUCUGAGCGACCCGGACAAUGCUGGCUUGGCCGAUUGCAUGUAUCAGGGUGCCGAUCAUGGUGUUUCCAUUGCAGAUGCGUACGUCGACUUCUGUGAGAAGGUCUCACUGGCUGACUUUGUGGUGAUGGCAGCGAAUGCGGUCAUCAAAUCCACGCGAGAGGAGGUGCUGAAAAAGUAUCCAACGCGAAAGCCCUUCGACUUGAAGAGCGUCUUCCGGUACGGCCGUACGACCCUGAAAAGGUGCUCAUGGGCAGUUGGAAGGCUGCCAAAUCCGGAGAACAGCUGCGCUGAUGUCAAGAAGGUCUUUGUGAACCACAUGGGCCUCUCCUGGAAAGAGGCGGCAGCUCUCAUGGGCGUGCACACCUUGGGUCGUGGCCACAAAGGGAAUUCCGGCUACGACGGCUGGUGGAGUGACUCGAAGAACAGCCGCAUGUUCAACAACGACUACUUUGUGAGCUUGGGUGCUAAAGGCUGGGGCCCAGACAAGAAAGUGGGCGGCAACGCGAUGAAGAACCAAUGGGUCCGAGUCGACAAAGGACUCAAGAAGGAGGAACGCACAGGGAAAGAGAUGAUGCUGAACACUGACAUGUGCUUGGUGUGGACAAACGAUGGCUCGGGAAAGGUGGACAUGAAUGCCAAGACAGCCCCCAAGUACGGCUGCAAUUGCGCCUGGAUCGGACCGCUAGAAGCCCCGAAUGGGUGGAAGAAGUACAAUGAUGGCGAGUUCUGCGGUUCAAAGAAUGUUCCGGACGACUUCAACGAAGGAUGGCCAAAGCAGCGAAACAAUUGCUGCGGGGUGAUGCAGAGUGGUGGCGACGGUGUCGAUUGUGGAGAUCCUCGCUAUCCGAAGGGCCCGGCUUGGAACUACGUGAAGGCGUUUAUGUUGAACGAAGACACCUGGCUGUCUGCCUUCAGCGCAAGCUGGAAGGUGGCCACGGAGAAUGGCUUUCAAGGAUUGAAGCGCCUCCGUUGA